UUUCUCCUUUGGUCGUGCCCGCGCCCGCGCACCCGCCGGAAGGAAGGAGCCGCCAUUACAGGAGGAGACUCCCGAGUCACCCGGAUACACCCGGAAACCGCGGCCGGGGACCCGCAGUCACCCGACUCACCGGAUAUACGAAGCGGCCGCGGCCUCCGCCAGGGAUGGGCUGGGCGCAGACUCCGGAAAGCCGCAUGUAGGCCGCACUCCCCCCGGUCACCUGGAGAUUCCCGGAAAUCGCGGCCUGAUCCACGCCCGAGAGACAGACGGACUGCCCCAGAAGAAGCCCUGACUAUGAGCGCCAUGUAUGGCUGGUACGGUGGUGACACAAGGAGAGGCUCCUCCCCCUAGGAGCCUUUUUGGCCCAACUAAAGAGGGACCACUGCGUGUGAAGACCAGGCUCCUGAUCACAGCAUCCUGGCGUGUCCUGUCGUGUUUAAGAAGUCUGUGCAUGGAGUGCCAUUACCAAGCAUCACCCCGGCAGACAUUAAUGUGGGCAGGAUGAGUGCUGCGCCAUGAUGAUGGCACGGAAACAAGAUGUGCGGGUGCCCACUUACAGCAUCAGUGUGGUGGGCCUGUCUGGCACUGAAAAGGAAAAAGGCCAGUGUGGCAUUGGAAAGUCGUGUCUGUGCAACAGAUUUGCACGACCCAGCGCAGAUGACUUCCACUUGGACCACACAUCCGUCCUUAGCACUAGUGACUUUGGGGGCCGUGUCGUGAACAAUGACCACUUUCUAUACUGGGGGGAGAUCACCCGUACACUUGAAGAUUGUGUGGAAUGCAAAGUGCAUGUAGUGGAACAGACAGAGUUCAUAGAUGACCAGACAUUCCAGCCUCAUCGCAGCACCGCGCUGCAGCCAUACAUCAAGCGUGCUGCAUCCAGUAAGCUUGCCUCUGCCGAGAAACUCAUGUAUUUUUGCACAGAUCAGUUGGGCCUGGAGCAGGACUUUGAGCAGAAGCAAAUGCCUGAGGGCAAACUGCUGGUAGAUGGUUUUCUGCUGUGUGUGGAUGUGAGUCGAGGCAUGAAUAGGAACUUUGAUGACCAACUGAAGUUUGUGUCCAACCUGUACACCCAACUAGCCAAGACUAAGAAGCCGAUUGUGUUGGUCCUGACCAAGUGUGAUGAAGGAGUGGAACGAUACAUCCGGGACGCCCACGGGUUUGCACUCAACAAAAAGAAUUUGCAGGUGGUGGAGACAUCAGCAAGGUCUAAUGUCAACGUGGACUUGGCCUUUACUGCCCUCAUACAGCUGAUAGACAAAAGUCGUGGCAAGUCCAAGAUCAUUCCUUACUUUGAAGCAUUGAAACAGCAGAGCCAGCAGAGUGCAGCUGCAAAAGACAAGUAUGAGUGGCUGGUGGGACGGUUAGUCAAGUCGCACAACGAGAUUUGGCUUAAUGCGAGCCGGCGCAUGCAGGCCUGCAGUGAAUAUCAGGAUUACGUGUACUUGGAAGGUACCGAUAAAGCCAAGAAGCUCUUUCUGCAGCACAUCCAUCGACUUAGACAGGAACACAUUGAGCGCCGUCGCAAAGUUUACUUGUCAGAUCUCCCCCGUGCUUUAGAUGUCCUUGUGCCUGACCUUGAUGAAAUAGACCAUCUGAGCUGCUCCAAAGCAGCCAAACUCUUAGAGUCAAAGCCUGACUUCUCCCAUUUGUUUGUGGUUCUUGAGGACCCCCCAUGGGAUCUAACCAACCACAUAGAUAACAUGGAUGAUAACCGAAUACCAUAUGAUAUCAUGGAAACCAUGGCGGCCGCAGAAGUCUAUUGCAGUCACCUUGAAAAACUAAGAAAUGCAAGAAAGAAAGCAGAGAUGAAGAAAGCCUUCAAAGAAAACCUAGUUGCAUCUCCAUUUAUCACUCCCGGAAAGCCCUGGGAGGAAGCUCGUAGUUUUAUUAUGAGUGAGGAAUUUUAUCAGUGGUUGGAAGAGCCGGUCUAUAUGGAAAUAUAUAGUAGGCACCAGAAGGAGAUCAUUGACAAAGCCAAGGAGGAGUUCCAAGAGUUAUUGCUGGAGUAUUCAGAGCUGUUCUAUGAGCUAGAACUAGAUGCCAAGCCCAGCAAAGAGAAGAUGGGGGUCAUCCAGGAGGUUCUGGGGGAAGAACAACGAUUUAAAGCUCUUCAGAAGCUGCAGGCCGAGCGAGAUGCCCAAAUCCUCAAACACAUUCACUUUGUCUACCAUCCCACUAAAGACACUUGCCCAAGUAACCCUCUAUGUGUAGACACCAAAAUUGAGCAACUGAUCAGCUCUCGGUGCCCUUACCCUUACGACCGCCUCUAUAAAGACCCAAAUGUAGACAGAAUCAACCUGGUGAUCCUCGGCAAGGACGGUUUGGCACGAGAACUUGCCAAUGAGAUCCGUGCCCUGUGCACCAAUGAUGAUAAGUAUGUGAUCGAUGGGAAGAUGUAUGAAUUGUCUCUGCGUCCUAUCGAGGGCAAUGUGCGGCUGCCUGUCAACUCAUUUCAAACCUCCACCUUUAUGCCUCACGGAUGCCUCUGCCUUUACAACUCCAAAGAGUCUUUGUCCUACGUCGUAGAGAGUAUUGAGAAAAAUCGGGAGUCCAGUCUGGGAAGGAAGGACAACCACCUGCUCAACUUACCCCUCACCUUAAUUCUUGUGAACCGUAGAGGGGACACAGGCGGGGAGACUGCUCACAGCCUCAUUCUGCAGGGUCAGCAGAUAGCCAGCAAGCUUCAGUGCUUCUUCCUAGAUGCUGCCUCCACAGGGCUGGGCUACGGCCGCAACAUAAAUGAGAAGCAAAUUAGCCAGAUCCUGCGGUUUCUUCUAGAGUCCAAAAGGAACCUGAACCUCGUCAGCUCCUCGCCAAGUAUCAAGGAUCUGCUUGACUGUGACCUGCGCAUUGUGAUGUGCUUGAUGUGCGGAGACCCCUUUACUGUGGGGGAGGUGCUGAACAUUCUGAAGCCUCAUACCUAUCGUCCGUCACAGUUUGGAGUCGGUGGCUCGGUGCUGCUUGAUUUACAGUUAGGUAGUCAGAAGCGUCGUCUGGAGCUGCUCAUCUUGUCCUAUCAUGCCUCCUUCAACAUUCGGAAGACAAAACUUGUACAUGGGUACAUGGUUUUCUACGCAGCAAAGCGUCGUGCCUCCCUGGCCAUGCUACGGGCCUUCCUCUGUGAAGUACAAGAUAUUGUCCCUGUUCAACUUGUUGCCUUGACCGAGGGUCCUGUAAAUCUCUUGGAUAACCUGACCAGAGAUCAGUUGACUGAAGGGGAGGAGAUCGCUCAGGAUAUCGAAGGCAAAUUCCUGAACUUACAGUGCGGACAGGCUCAGCCCAAGCUGGACAUGUUCUACUCUUUCUUCAAGGAUGUCGUUGAGAAGAAGGUUAUCAUUGAAGCCUCACAUAUGUAUGACAACACAGCAGAAGCAUGUAGCACUACAGAGGAGGUUUUCAGCUCCCCCCGUGCGGGGUCUCCUCUCUGCAAUUCCCACUUGCCUGACUCCGAGGAAGAUCUAGACCCGUCUCCGCAGCACAUCUUGUCUCGGGAUGACAUGAGUUUGUCUGCACCUUCUAGAGACCAUUCUAAGUUGGAGGACAGUGAUAGUCUUCCUUUCAUCUCUGUCAUGAGCACCUUAGAGAGCAAACUGAACAACAAGGUACCUCCUCCCCUCAAACCAAAGCCUGACCUUUCCUACCUAGACCCUGGGUCCCGAGACGGACACAGACGGUCCUUAACCUCCAUCACUUGGCCAUCUUCUGAUGCCUUUGACCCUUCAGACUAUGCCGAGCCGAUAGACUCUGUCGUGAAGCCAAGGAACCAGGAAGAGAACAUUUACUCUGUGCCUCACGACAGCACCCAAGGAAAAAUAAUCACCAUCCGUAACGCCAUCAAGCCGCAGUCUAACGGCAGCGGGAACGGCUCGGACAGUGACAUGGACACUAAUUCUCUGGAGCGGACACGGAAGGCGUCAAUCGUGACCAAACCUGUCCUGUACCGGACCAAGUGUGCCAAGCUCGGAAAGUUCUCUAGUUAUCGGAGCAGCUUCAGCGUGGGCAGCGACGACGAGCUGGGCCCUAUGAGAAUAAAAAAUGAAGACAUCGGAACGCAGGGGCCGAAAGACAACACUACAAACUCUUACGAGGCAGAUGGGGAGGACCCACGCAAGAGGAACAUUCUGCGCAGCCUGAGGAGAACCACUAAGAAACGAGCCCCUAAACUCCGUCCCUCAUUGACCAAGCAGACGUGGGAGAGCAGCUAUUUCGGGAUGCCGCUGGUGAGCGUAGUGACCGCUGAGAGACCCAUUCCGGUGUUCAUCGAGAAGUGCGUGGAGUACAUAGAAACCACAGGGAUGACUCUUGAGGGCAUCUACCGAGUCAGUGGCAACAAGUCCGAGAUGGAUUCCCUGCAGAGACAGUUUGAUCAAGAUCACAGCCUGGACUUGGCAGAGAAGGAUUUCACAGUAAACACGGUGGCCGGAGCCUUGAAGAGUUUCUUUGCGGAGCUGCCGGACCCUUUGGUGCCGUAUACUUUACAGUCUGAGCUGGUGGACGCCUACAAAAUCAAUGACCUAGAGCAGAAGCUUCAGGCAAUGAAGGAACUCUUAAAGAAGCUGCCCAAGGAAAACCACGAGAUCUUAAAAUACGUCAUCUCUCACCUGAACAGGGUGAGCCAACAUCAUUCAAGUAACCUUAUGACCAGCGAGAACCUGUCCAUCUGUUUCUGGCCGACGUUGAUGCGCCCAGAUUUUACCACUAUGGACGCUCUGACGGCAACUCGCACCUACCAGACAAUCAUCGAGCUCUUCAUUCAUCAGUGUCCCUACUUCUUUUACCAUCGCAAUCCGGUAGACCUCCCCACGCCGAGCUCCCCUUCCACACCUCCCCUAAAUCCUCCUUCCCCUCCUCAGUCUCCCCCGUUAACCCCUGUGUCCCCAUCGUUGAACCUGCUACCUUCAGAUCCAAACAUCCUGUGACCCGUUCCCUUCCCCACAGCUUAGAGUAUCUUCUGGAGGCAACGUCCACCACUACCCGGCCACUCACUGACCUCUCCUGGAGGACUGGUGGCUUUAUGUAUGGGACCACUACAGAUAUAAGAGACUGGGAGCCUGAGCCAGGGAUGGACCCUCCAGCGGAGAGGACAAGGGGGGUAAUCGUGGUACAUUAUGGAGCGGGGGUAUCCCUGGUACACUGUGCAAGGAUCAUGAGUGGAUACCUGGUACACAGACUCUGUGACAAAGAGGGACCCGGCACCCCCCCACAUCACGAAGGGACCCUGGUUCUGUGGAUUACGCCCUCGGUCUGGAUCACAUCACAGGAGGAAGCGGCACUUAGUGCAUUGAGGAGCGACACUGUGAAUUGUGGAGCUUGGGUGGAGACUCGGGCCGGGACUCUCUCUCCGCGUUCCUCUGUGUUAUUAGUUGCCCCCUCUCUCCCUAAUUUUAGGACACUAACCCCCAAAACAGACACAGAUCUCCCACACUACAUAUCUUAGCACUUACAUGCGGCACAUUAGGGUUAUAAUGGGGGCUGCAUGAUUUUGUAUGCUUUGUUCAUGACUACACGGAGAACACAUGUGUGACAGUGGCCGGAGAUCACACGCAUGUUCAUGUGUCUGACGGUUUAACCACUGCUGCUCCGGCUUUUCAUUUUCUUCGUCUUUUUACUUGGAGGCGCCUCGGGAUCGGAGUCUCUGGUAACCGAUCUCCUGAGGUGCCCCCUCCCCGGCUCAUUCUCAAGUGUCGAUUAACUAUUUUAUGUUGAUCCGUGAAGGGUAAAAUCGCACCGAACCCCCCCCCCCCCUUUCCCCAUUUUAACUGACGUGUCCUACUGACCCCCGUAACAGACGGUUGGCCCCCCGCUAAUACUGACUUCACAAUGAGCGCUGCCCUCACUACCUCUGUGUCAAUACACUAACUGUCCUUAAGUGUUAAUACGCCCUCCGACCCCCAACCUACCGAUACCCGUAUGACCGGCGACCACUCAUAAUAGACCUCCUCCUGCUAACUUAAAUCCCCCCACUUACCCCGAUGUGACUUUCCUUACUCCUCCCCCCCUCACCCAGUGAGUGUGACCCGACCCCGAGCCGUGGGUGCUCCGUGGGGGAAACGGUCUCGCUGUGUGGACGUGAAAGGAAACUCCGCAUCCCUCAAGCUUGUCCAUAUCUCGUGCAGGGAGGCCUCGCCGCGACUGGGGGCCCCCACAUCUCUUUCCUGUUCUGUUCGUCGCUGUCCGAUGGUCGGGUCAUUUCGUGCAUGAGAGUGUGACCUGUCCGCCGACGCCCCCCCCUCCCCCCGGAAUCAUGUAUUUGCUGCGAAUAUGCUCAUUGUAAUUUGGAACAAACUGAGGGCCUUAAUGUGACUUGUAUUAUAGCUAAUAAAUCUUGUUAUAAACUCCCA